GCUUGUGUGUUUAGCUUUUUGAAUACUGAGGCUAUUUAUAUGAUUUUAGUUUAUAGCUCAAUAGAUAUUGAUGUCCUAUCUUUUGAUCGAAAGUUACUUAUAGGCCAACUGUCAGAAACUCUUUGUGACGGAAAUACUACCGUAUUUAAUUACGUAAUUUUUGAUGGCGUUCCGAUAAAAAACAAUGAAGUUAUUGUUGAGCAAAUUGAAUGUCUUGAAGGAAUACUCCCUCCCGGGCUAGUUGUUCUAGGAGCUACUUCUAGAGAAGCAUACAAUAGUAGCUCAAUCACAAAUCUACUUUCUGUUUUAUCGGAAAGUAUCCAUUUCUCUGAAUUUAUUUACAUGCAGCUUGACAAUAGUCAACUUCACGUUACAUUGUGUAGUGAUCCAGGAGUAUGUGUGACUUUUAAGGGUCAAGGAGGAGUUUUCUGCACUUUGUCAUGUGCGGUGCAUCUUGCCUUGCCACCAUUUCCAUUUUUACUUAUGAGAAGCGGAGAUAUGGGGGAAAAAAUUCUUAUCGAUCCUCAAAGUACUAAGCGUAUUUCAGUUCAGAUGAACUCGGAGGGAAGUUGGUCGCUUCACCAGCUAGGGGGAAACUCCUUUCACACUGAAAAAACGAUGCUAGUGUUUUCAGCUUUUUUAAGUCUUCCAUACUUGUCUGGCAACUCUUUCUACAACUGUAUCGAUAGAUGGAUGAGGAAUAUUAAGAAAACGACAGAUAUCAUCUCUGUUCAAUCACAACGCAAUCCCAGCCUGAUUUAUGCUUGUCAAUUUGACCGAUGUAUCCCGUUCCGAUCCAGACUCACUCAGGUUGAGUGGCAUGAGUUGCAAGAGCUUUUGGAGGACGCAACAGGCGAAUUAAUUAAGAGUAGUCAGCUUAUCGGGCUUAUUGUCACACCAAAUCCGGCUUGUGAGCGGGGAGAAAUGCCACCUCGAAAUAAAGAAUCGAACAAGUUUAUGCUCAUAAUUACCAUCGGACUUGUUGUUCUGGCGAUCAUGAUCACUAUAUUAAUGCGUACUUGGUGA